AUGUCCGGCAAGGGUAAGGGUCGCGCCUCCACGAAGGCCAAGUCGCAGACGAAGUCCUCGAAGGCUGGUCUGCAGUUCCCGGUGGGCCGUAUCGCCCGCUACCUGAAGAAGGGCAAGUACGCCGACCGCAUCGGUGCCGGCGCCCCGGUCUACCUGGCCUCGGUCCUGGAGUACCUCUGCGCCGAGGUCCUCGAGCUGUCCGGCAACGCCGCCCGCGACAACAAGAAGACGCGCAUCGUGCCGCGCCACAUCCAGCUCGCCGUCCGCAACGACGAGGAGCUCUCCAAGCUGCUCGGCGGCGUGACGAUCGCCUCGGGCGGUGUCCUGCCCAACAUCCACUCGGUGCUCCUCCCGAAGAAGGGCAAGGCCGACAAGGACGAGUAA